UGCGUUCGAAAGCCAUCCUGAGAUUCCCUCCUUGUUUGCGACAUAACCCCGAGCUUUUGCAUACAGUGAUAGUAGUAUACCCUCCACAUUCUCUGUCUCCUUGUCAUUCUCCUUCUUGUCCUCCUUCUUCAAUUGUGCUCUGUCUGUGCAACGACACUUUCCUCCUUAUCGUCAAGAUGGCCUUGACAGGCUCUGCUAUUGGUUUUGAAGGCUAUGAAAAGAGGCUUGAGAUAUCAUUCUUUGAGCCUGGUCUGUUUGCUGAUCCUGUAGGUGUGGGCCUCCGAUCAUUGUCCAAAGACCAAUUGGAUGAGAUUCUGAAACCGGCAGAGUGCACCAUUGUUGAUUCCCUGUGCAAUGACUUUGUUGAUUCCUAUGUUCUCUCAGAAUCUAGCCUAUUUGUCUACCCUUACAAAGUUAUCAUCAAAACUUGCGGCACUACAAAGCUGCUUCUGUCGAUCCCUGUCAUUCUUAAGUUGGCUGAUGCUCUUAUGCUUGCUGUGAAAUCUGUGAGAUACACUCGUGGAAGCUUUAUUUUUCCCGGGGCACAACCAUUCCCGCAUCGUAGUUUCUUUGAGGAAGUUGCUGUUCUUGAUAGCUAUUUUGGCAACCUUGGUUCUGGCAGCAAAGCAUAUAUGAUGGGUAACCCUGAAAAGUCACAAUUAUGGCAUGUCUACUCUGCCAGUGCCCACCUGCAAUGUGGAUCAGAACCAACCUACACCCUGGAGAUGUGCAUGACUGGUUUAGAUAAGAAACAUGCUUCUGUGUUCUUCAAAGCAAACACAAGUUCUGCAGCGUCAAUGACUGAAGACUCCGGAAUUCGCAAGAUCCUUCCUGAAUCUGAGAUAUGUGAUUAUGAAUUUGACCCAUGUGGGUAUUCCAUGAAUGCCAUAGAAGACAAUGCAAUCUCUACCAUCCAUGUCACCCCAGAAGAUGGGUUCAGCUAUGCAAGCUUCGAAGCAGUGGGAUAUGAUUUUGAUGACAAAUCUCUGACAGGUCUUGUUGAAAGGGUCUUGGCAUGCUUCCAGCCAGCUGAGUUUUCUGUUGCUUUGCACACUGAUGUGCAUGAUGAAGCUCUCAUCAGCAAAUUCACCCUCGCCAGUGAAGGAUACGACUUUGGAGAGAAGAACAAGGAAGUGCUUGGGGCUGGUGGGGCUGUUUUGUUCUAUGAUUUUGUCAGAGCUGAUGGCUGUGCAUCUCCGAGGUCCAUUCUGAAAAGCUGCUGGUGUAGUGAGGACGAGAAGGAAGAAGGGGACGAGAUGUAGUUUGGGGAUUUUAAUAAUGUUUUUAUGCGUGUUUAUGUUUAAUGAUUUAUUUAGUUUGGGGUUAUGGUUUGGUGUGGGGCAACAUAUGCUAUUUAGCUUUUCAUGAUUACUGAAAGUUUUUUUUUUGUUUCUAGUGUGUGGCUUUCUUAACUGAUUCUGGGCCUGUACCCCCUGUGUGGGGCUGACCCAUAUGCUGUUAAGUAUUAUAUGAAUAAUAAUAAAGUGUGUUUAUUUUUCCA